AUGGCUUUGACGCAAGACUCUAUCUUGUCCCUGCUGAUAGCGGAAGGGGGCCGAGUGAAGAAAUCCUACCUGGUGGGUAAGUUCAGAGAGUCAGUCAACUGCGACGAUCCGGCGGAGAAAGAGCGAAACCGGGAGCUUUUCAAGACUUUAGUCAAUAACGUCGCCUUUGUGAAAGAAAUCGACGGUGUCCGGUACGUCGUGGUUCGAAAAAUGUAUCAGCAUUUGUUGAACAGAGAUAACCAGACGGCGGAAGAGACAGAAAACAAAGAGAUCCAGCUGACAGGUGAGCAGCAGCGCCCACCUGUGAGGACUGAGGAGACACCAGCUGAUACUGAAGCAGACCAUCAACAGGCAAGUGAACUUGAUGAAAACCCAACAGAGUUAUUGUCUCCCAUACAGUUGGCUCUGCGAAGAAGCAAAACAAAGGAUAUCAGGGUCAAAAAGGCGCUGAGUUUUGAGACUCAAAGCCAAACCCAGAACAAACCAUACGCUUUACCUCUCCGAAUGCCACCCAGCGCCACUAAAGUGGAGAUCCACAAACUUAAAGUGGACUCGGAUGACCCUCCUGAGAGUCCCAAACCGGAUCCCUACAAAAACAAGAGAAGGCCUUCAGUGGAGUCCAGCUGCAGCAGCAUCAGCUCCCCCCAACUGAGGAGGGCAGUAAAAGGCAUCACCAAGGCGUCAGUGGAAACCAGGGUGCCCUCCUCAGUUCCCCUGGAGAUGUCAGAGCAUGAAUGGCUGGUUAAAUGUGCAGCCGGGCACUGGAGCCAGGUUUACGGCAUGCUGCUGGGGGACAACCAGCUGGCCGAGAAGAGGGACUUCAUGUCAGGGUUCACGGCUCUGCACUGGGCGGCCAAAUGUGGGAACAGUGAAAUGCUUGUGAAGAUCAUUGACCUGUCCAGACAAGGAGGGGUCGACAUCGACAUCAACGCAAAAACACACGGCGGGUACACUCCUCUGCACAUCGCCGCCUUGCACGACCAGGAGUACAUCCUGGUCAUGUUGGUGGCCGAGUUCGGAGCCGACCCGACCAUCAGGGACAACUGCGGAAAGAGGGCUUACCACUAUCUACAUAAAGGGAUCUCCAAGACGGUUCGAGAGAUGCUGGGCGAGCCCAAAGUCCAGGAUAAGACUCCAGAAAAGGCCCCGCAAGAGAAAGAAGACGUGGACUUGUUCCCGGAUAUCUCCAAAAGUUUCCAGUCGAUAAGCCGCCUCUUUCAGCCGCACAUGACAGGCCAGAAGAAGAAGCACAAGCAGAGGCCGCUGAUGUUCUCCUUGAGCGAUGAGCCCAGUGAGGAGCGAGAGGACAGCAGCGGGUUCAGACACAGACUGGUGUCAGAUGUUUUUAUGUGA